CCCACCUCCGGCCGCAGCGUCUAGGCUUGUGGCUGGGGCCAGGCAGCAGAGCCCACCUGCGUGCCUGCGAGAUGGGAGUGCGAGGCGGCGGGGAGGGAAGCACCCCUGGCGCUCAGAGAGGCCUGAGGGGAGGAGCGAGGGGGCCCCGAAGCCGAGACACACAGAAGAGGCCGUGAGAGGAUUCACCUGCAAGCCAGGAAGAGCGCCUUUACCAGACACCAAGCCUAAAGGCCCUGAUCUUGAGCUUCUAUCCUGCAUAAGGCCCUGGGUAUCAAGAGCUGCGACUUUCAGGUAGCAAGAAACAAUGAGGAGCACCACACCAAGGCCCUCAGCUCCCGGCGCCUCUUUGUGAGAAGGGGGCAGCCCUUCACCAUCAUCCUGCACUUCCGCGCUCCAGUCCACGCAUUUCUGCCUGCUCUGAAGAAGGUGGCCCUCACUGCACAGACUGGAGAGCAGCCUUCCAAGAUCAACAGGACCCAAGCCACAUUCCUGAUUUCUAGUCUGGGGGACCAAAAGUUGUGGAGUGCAGUGGUGGAGGAGAGAGAUGCCCAGUCCUGGACCAUCUCUGUGACCACACCUGUGGAUGCUGUCAUUGGCCACUACUCGCUUCUGCUGCAGUUCUCAGGCAGGAAGCCAUGCCUCCUGGGCCAGUUCACGCUGCUCUUUAACCCCUGGAAUAAAGCUGCAUGCUCUCAAGGAGAAGAGGGUCCUGCCCAACCCGCAGACCCAGGCCACCCAGGAAGGAGCCUUGCUGAAUAAGCGACGGGGCAGUGUGCCCAUCCUGCGGCAGUGGCUCACCGGCCGAGGCCGACCUGUGUAUGAAGGCCAGGCCUGGGUGUUGGCCGCUGUUGCUUGCACAGUGCUUCGAUGCCUGGGAAUCCCUGCCCGCGUGGUGACUACCUUUGCCUCAGCGCAGGGCACCGGUGGGCGUUUGCUUGUAGAUGAAUACUAUAAUGAAGAGGGACUUCAGAAUGGAGAAGGCCGGAGAGGCAGAAUCUGGAUCUUUCAGACUUCCACAGAGUGCUGGAUGACACGGCCUGCCUUGCCCCAGGGUUAUGAUGGAUGGCAGAUUCUGCACCCAUGUGUUCCUAAUGGAGGUAGAGUCCUGGGGUCCUGUGACCUGGUGCCAGUCAGAGCAGUCAAGGAAGGGAUGCUGGGGCUGACCCCUGCAGUGUCAGACCUUUUUGCUGCCAUAAAUGCCUCAUGUGUGGUCUGGAAGUGCUGUGAGGAUGGGAAACUGGAGUUGACUGACUCCAACACAAAGUAUGUUGGCAACAACAUCAGCACCAAGGGUGUGGGCAGUGACCGCUGUGAGGACAUCACUCAGAACUACAAGUAUCCUGAAGGGUCUCUUCAGGAAAAAGAGGUGCUGGAGCGAGUCAAGAAAGAGAGAAUGAAAUUUGGGAAAGACAAUGGCAUCCGUCCUCCCAGUCUCGAGACUGCCAAUCCUCUGUACCUAUUCUUGAAAGCACCCAGCUCCCUACCCUUGAGAGGGGAUGGCCAGAUCUCAGUGACGCUGAUUAACCACAGUAAGCAGGAGAAGGCAGUACAGCUGGCAGUUGGGGUCCAGGCUGUGCACUACAACGGUGUCCUUGCUGCUGAGCUCUGGAGGAAGAAGCUGUCCCUCACAGUCAGUGACAACCUGGAAAAGACAAUAACCAUUGGCCUGUUCUUCUCCAAUUUUGAACAAAAUGUACCUGAGAACACCUUCCUUAGACUCAUCGCCAUGGCAACAUACUCUGAGUCCAGCCUUAGCUGCUUUGCUCAGGAAGACAUUGCCAUUUGUAAACCACAUCUUGCCAUCAAGAUGCCAGAGAAAGCAGAGCAGUAUCAACCCCUCACAGCCUCAGUCAGUAUCCAGAAUUCCCUAGAUGCCCCCAUGGAGGACUGUGUGAUCUCUAUCCUGGGAAGGGGGCUCAUUCAUAGGGAGAGGAGCUACAGAUUAGGUUCAGUGUGGCCCGAAAACACCAUGUGUACCCAGUUCCAGUUCACGCCGACACACCUGGGGCUCCAGAGGCUCACUGUGGAAGUGGAUUGCAACAUGUUCCAGAACCUAACCAACUAUAAAAGCGUCACUGUGGUAGCCCCUGAACUGUCAGCUUAAACUUCAGCUCUAGCACCACUCUCCUGCCAGCCCUUGACUCUACAAUCUAAAUCAAACAUGUGCUAGAAGAGAAA